GCUUUUAACUUAAUGUCUAUGUAGUUUCAAAAUUAUUUGAAACAACAAACUUUGUCUGAAGAAUAAAAAAAACUCCUAGUUAAUUGGGUUUUUUGACGUAAAGCGCCCUUAAGCGUUUUUAGUACAGUACCGUAAACAGGUGGAACAUUGAUCAGUUUUUUAAAUCAUUUUCGAAUAUUUUGGAAGGGGUUGCUUUUUUGUAACACGAAAAAUUAUUAACAUUGUUGUACGCAGUUUUGACCACUGUGUUGUGACGGUCAGAGAAAGUGAAAAAGAAAUGAUGAUGAGAGUGAGAAGAACGUAAACAAAUAAUGAAAUUGAAUUAUGCGCGGGAAUGAUAAAUAAAUACAUUGGUGAGAAAAAUAUGUUAGCAGCUUUCCAGCAAGUAUUGGCACCAUUUUGAUAAAAUUGUGAAGACGAACGGUAGUGGCUGUAAGGUAGAAAGUUUAAUCGAAAAUCUAAAGUGAUAACGGGCAUUGCAACUAUUCAGAUAAUUUGACUGAUAGUCUGAAAUUGAUCUGUGAGCGCUGUAAGUAGAAGAUAGAGAAUAACAAGAAUGCGAUAGUUAAUGGAUGUUUUGAUAUUUAGAUUGCGAGUUGAAUGCCGUUGGAUCACUAGAAAGAAAUAGUUGAUUGCCACCGAGACUACCAUUUAGUGACCCAAGUGCCGACUGUUGACAGAAGUCAUUCAUCUCAGAGCUACCGACCGGCCUAAAAGAGAGGAAGAAAGCCAUCAGGAAAUUCAUCUAGAGUGAAGGAGAAACUUUUAAUCUUUGAGUAAAUUUUAUAUUGAACUACAAGGAUUCGUUUUUGCCUGAGCCUGAGAAUUCCGAGAGCAACAUUCUCAAAGAUUAAAAAUAUAAAUAUUUCCUACGAUGGCGGAGAACUACAAAUACAGCUGCUGUGAGGAGGAUUCUGAUUUUGAUGCAAGCGUGCGGUGCAAUCGAUGUGGAGAAUGGUAUCAUUUUUCUUGUGUGAAUGUGCAAGAUAGUGUGUCAGAAACUAUUUGGUAUUGCGUUAAAUGUAUACGGGCUGAGCCUUCGAUUUUAGAAUCGUUUGCAUCCGCGGGGAAAACAAGAACUCGACGAGGUCCGCCGCGUGCAUGCAAAGAGAAAAACAACAGAAUGGGUAGAUCAAAAGUUCCUCCAAAAGAGUUGCAAGUAGGUCAGGUGCAAGUAGCUCAGGUGCAAGUAGCUCCAGAUGGUCAGGUUAGGCAAGAAAAACAGUCAAAUGCUAAUAAUGGAACCACAAAUAAAGAAACGGGUGCGAUUAGGAAGUCACUGUCACCUUUCCCUAACUCUAAUGUUCCCGUAAAUGUAUCGCGCUGUGAUGAUAAAAAAAGUGUUUGCAGUACAAGAAGUGGAGAAAGCAGAUCGUCGAAAGCUUCGGUACGUGAAAAGGCAAAACGUGAAAUACAGCGGUUACAGGAAGAAAGUAUGCAACGGAUGCGAGAAGAAGACAUCGAGCGAAAGUUGUUGGAGCAUGAACUAAAAAAGGUCAGGCUGGAAAAAGAGUUCAUGGAACGUAGGCACGCACAAGAAAGACUGGCGGAAGAGGAAACGGAUCCUGAAAGCGGAUGUGAAGAUGGUGAGCAGUACAACUUUCAAAAAAAGGUUGAAGACUGGCAGAAAGGUUCUGAAGCUGGACCAAAUGAAGUUAAUCAACGAAAACAGUCAACGCUUAAAGGAGAAAGUCAGCAAAAAGCCCAACCUGAGCCCGAAAUCGCUUCUGGUGGAAAUGCUACGCCUGAAAUAAGCAGUGUAGCUUCGCAUUCCGUAAGAGAAACGAUCGAAAAUACUUCAAAACCCAGAGCCGGUCCAACUCAACUGCAGAUAGCGGCAAGACAAGUAUUUUCUAAAACUUUGCCAAAGUUUUCUGGACGACCCGAAGAAUGGCCCAUGUUUAUCAGUGAAUACGAACAAGCGAAUAUAUCCUGUGGUUUCAGCGAUUCUGAGAAUUUGAUGCGUUUACGUGAGGCGUUGACUGGAAAGGCGUUUGAAGCGGUACGAAAUCUUCUGCUUGUUCCAGAAAACGUUCAAAGUAUCAUUCAAAAACUACGCAGACGAUUUGGAAAUCCCGAGAUUCUUUCUACGAUGUUGGCAAAUCGUAUACAGUUGCUUGCGGGACCCAGCUCGGAGGAUUUGGAGUCGGUGAUUGAGUUUGGAAGUGCUGUAGAAGAGUUCACUCAGCAUCUGAAGGUGACUAACUUAACAGACCAUCUUAGAAACCCCAUUUUAAUGAAACGGCUGAUACAGAAACUACCAGCAAGUUACGCCAUGCAGUGGGUAGAAUACAAACGCAAACGGAUAGUGGUUGAUUUGGAAGUGUUUGGCGACUUUAUGGAGGAACUUGUCGUUAAGGCCUUGGAAGCAACCUAUGAGCGUUGUGGAGACGAAGACACAGCAAGAGGAAAACGUCGCGAGAAAAAUUUAGUGAAGGGUUUCGUUAAUGUAACAGAUACUGAUGAGCAUCAAUGUUGUACCUGUAGCCAACAAGAGCCCGUAAUUGUACCUCAGUCUGGAACUGCGGGGAGUCGAAGCUUUGCUCCGUCUAGGAGUUGUUCAGUUUGUGGAUCUACCGGGCAUUUGGGCCGCAAUUGCGACGAGUUCAGAGCCAUGAACUUGCAGGAUCGGUGGAACACGGUGCAGCGUUUGGGAUUGUGUUCGCUGUGUCUGUACAAUCAUAAUGGAAAAUAUUGCCUGGCUAAACGGAGAUGCGGUAUAAAUCAGUGUGAACAGAGACAUCACCCCCUUCUCCAUUGGGACACGAGAACCACCGCACCUCAGCUGAUUGCAAGUUGUAACGGUCAUCGACAGUCAGUCAUAUUUCGGAUGAUUCCUGUUAAAAUUUACAGCAACGACAAACAAUUAGAAGCACUAGCCCUUAUCGAUGAAGGAUCAUCAGUAUCACUAAUUCUGGAUGAACUAGCAAAAGAGCUAGGUGCUAUAGGAGACAUCGAGCCGCUAAGAAUGAGUUGGACAAACGGUAUGAGCACGGUGGAAAACCUGUCCGCUAAAAUCAACCUACAGAUCUCAGCUUUCGAUGAUGUAAGACGGUUUAAUCUGAUGGAUGUUAGAACGGUGCGAAAAUUAGAUUUACCAACGCAAAGUUUGGACAGCAGUUCGAUACGGGAAAGGUUUGCACACUUGCGAGACAUCGCCAUUCCAAGUUAUAAGUCAACGAAGGCGAAGUUGUUAAUCGGAAUCAACAAUAUACACCUUAUCGCACCCCUUCAAUCCCGAGUAGGAGAAUUGGGCGAACCGGUAGCAAUACAGUGUCAACUUGGGUGGAGUUUGUAUGGACCAAGACCAGAUAUAGUCGCGAAUGUUCAUUUUUUGGGACAUCAUCGUUCUUGCUCUGAGUGUAAUAGAAUUGACCGAGAGAUGAAUGAAAAUUUGAAAGAGUAUUUUAGUAUUGAAGCAGUCGGAAUAUCACCAGUGCCACUGGAAACGAACGAAGAGCGUCGAGCACGUGAAAUUUUGGACCGUACAACGAAGCGGGUAGGUGAUCGAUACGAAUCUGGACUUCUGUGGAAGACAGAUGAUAUUUUGUUCCCGGAGAGCUAUCAGAUGUCACUGAAACGCGCCAACAGCUUAGAGCGUCGAAUGAAUAAGCAUCCUGGAGUUCGUGAAGCUAUAGUGAAACAGUUACAGGAGUACUUAGAAAAGGGAUACGCUCAUAAAAUCACGGAUGAAGAACUCCGGAACACGCCACCUGAGAAAACAUGGUAUUUGCCAUUGAAUUUUGUCAUCAAUCCGAAGAAAGAAGGAAAAAUUCGGCUUGUGUGGGACGCAGCAGCGAAGGUCAAAGGUGUCUGCUUGAACGAUUUCCUCCUAAAAGGACCCGAUAUGGUAUCGUGUUUGCCGUUGGUAAUAAGUGGUUUCAGAGAAAGACAGGUUGCAUUCGGAGGUGAUAUUCGUGAAAUGUUUCACCAGGUGCGAGUAAGACCAGAAGACCGACAAGCUCAAAGAUUCUUGUUUCGGAUAGAUGCCAAUAAGGAUCCCCAAAUAUUUGUGAUGGAUGUUGUAAUAUUUGGCGCGAGCUGUUCCCCUUGCACAUCGCAGUUUGUAAAAAAUAUUAAUGCACGAGAGCAUGCUGUACGGUAUCCGAAAGCAGCGAAAGCUAUCAUUGAGAAACAUUUUGUCGAUGACUAUUUUGAUAGUGUUGAUACAGAAUCGGAAGCAAUACAACUGGCAAAGGAAGUCGAAAAGGUGCACGCGGCAGGCGGGUUUGAAAUCAGAAACUGGAUGAGCAAUUCUCCAGCAGUAUUGAAGGCGCUUUGCUCUGUGUCUGAAGAACCAAACAGAUCUGUUGAGGUGAAUAAGACUGGUGAAGUAGAACGUGUGCUGGGCGUAAGUUGGAACGCCGUGAAAGAUGUUUUUGUUUUCUCGACGGAUAUGCGAGCAGAUCUCCAUCCAUAUAUAAUGGAAGGCGCUUGGCCGACGAAACGGAUUGCUUUGAGGUGCAUUAUGAGCAUGUUCGAUCCCCAGCAAUUUCUGGCGCCAUUAUUAAUUCACGGUCGGAUAAUAAUGCAAUUUGUUUGGCGAAGCGGUAUUGGAUGGGAUCAGCGGUUGCAGGAGGAGCAAUAUAAUCAAUGGUUGCGUUGGACAAAGUUGUUCCCGUUAAUAGAAAACAUUCAAGUACCUCGUUGUUAUCUAGGCAAUUUGGACUCGACAGCAUAUACAAGUGUUCAAUUACACGUGUUUGCAGAUGCGGGUGAAGACGCGUACGGUUCGGUUGCGUAUUUCAGAUUUGUGGCAAAUGGAAUGAUUCACUGCGCGUUUGUCGAAGCCAAAGCAAAGGUUGCUCCACUGCAGCAUAUGUCAAUCCCUAGGAAGGAAUUACAAGCAGCGGCGCUAGGUGCACGUCUUGCGAAAAGCAUUCGCCACAAUCAUCCAUUUUCGGUAGCAGAAACAGUAAUGUGGACUGACUCGAAGGCAGUAUAUUCAUGGGUACGAUCUGAGCAUAAGAAAUACAAAGAGUUUGUUGCUCAUCGUGUUGGUCAGAUAUUGAGUGUAACUAAUCCAGAAGACUGGCGGUGGGUAUCGACAAAAAACAACGCAGCAGACGAUCUUACCAAGUGGGGAAAGGGAACAGAGAUGAGUUCCGAAAGCAGAUGGUUCAAGGGUCCUGAGUUUUUGUACCAACCGGAAGAUAAAUGGCCGGAACAAGAUCAAAUACCCGUUGUUAUUGAGGAAGAAGUACGAGCUCAUAUUUUAUAUCACACUACAGCAUUUCCUGAAAGUUUGGGUCGAGUGAAACACAUAUCAAGGUGGACUGUUUUAGUACGCGUGGUAGCCACAAUGUAUCGUUUCGCCGCAAAUUGCAGGCUUCGCUCAAAAAAGGAAGCAAUAGAAGCACUCCCACCAAUUGCAAUUGUCGCACAAAAGGCACCGCGGAUUCCAGGAGUCGUUAUCCCUCUACGACAAGAGGAGUAUCUAAAAGCGGAGAAUUGUUUGUGGAGGGAGGCGCAACGAGACGAGUAUGCAGAUGAAGUCGCAAUACUUUUGAGAAAUCUGUCUUUACCGAAGGAACAACAACAGCAUUUGGAACGAUCUAGUAAGCUCUACAAUAAAUCGCCAUUUCUAGAUGACAGCGAAGUUCUACGAGUAGGAGGCAGAACGGAAUUGGCAGAAUUCGCUAGUUACGACACCAAGUAUCCAAUCAUACUUCCCAAAACGCACCUUAUUACAGAAAAACUAGUUGAAUACUAUCAUCAACAGGCAAAUCAUAGUAGCAGAGAAACGGUUGUCAACGAACUUCGUCAACGAUUUUAUAUUGGGAGAGUAAGAGCCGUCGUAGAGAAAGUCAUAAGGGAGUGUCAAUGGUGUAAGGUACACAAGGCGAAACCCGUUCUCCCCAAAAUGGCUCCUUUACCAAAACAGCGCAUGGCCUUGGGCGUAGACCCCUUCUCUUACGUGGGUAUAGACUACUUUGGACCAUUGGAAGUUUCGAUUGGAAGACGUCGUGAGAAACGCUGGGUAGCUUUGUUUACGUGCAUGACGACAAGAGCUGUCCACCUGGAAGUUGCACAUAGUUUGAGCACCGAAUCUUGUAAGAUGGCUAUCCGGAGAUUUAUUAAGAGAAGAAGAAGUCCCAUAGAAAUUUUUUCAGACAACGGGACGAAUUUUGUUGGAGCGAGUAGGGAGUUGGCUGCCGAGAUUCGGAGAAUUAACGGAGAUUGCGCUGAUACAUUCACGAGCUCUAAAACGAAAUGGACAUUUAACCCACCAGCAGCACCACACAUGGGUGGAGUAUGGGAGCGCAUGGUUCGAUCUGUUAAGGAGGCACUAAACACAUUGGUAGAUGGUGGCAAAUUAACAGACGAAAUAUUAAACACAGCGUUAGUUGAGGCAGAGGAUCUGAUAAACUCCAGACCACUUACGUAUGUGUCAAAUAACGUCAGGGAUGAUCCGGAAGCUCUCACUCCAAACCAUUUUCUGAAAGGAUCUGCUGCAGAAUGUCUACCACCCCGGAGCGCAUCCCAGCAAGCGGAUGCCUUACGCAGUAAAUAUUGUCGCGCACAGCAGUUGGCUGAUAAAUUUUGGUUAAGAUGGCAGAAAGAAUACUUCCCGAGCUUGAACAAGCGAACCAAAUGGUUUGAUGAUACCAGACAAAUAUCUGUAGGAGAUUUGGUGUUUGUUCAAGAGGAGAACAGACACGAAAGAGGAAUCGUUGAAGAGGUCAACAUCGGCAUCGAUGGAAGAAUCCGUUCUGUAAUCGUAAAAGUAAAUGGCAAAAGGAAGCUAAGACCAGUGUCAAAACUGGCCGUACUUGAGGUUGAGAAUAGUAACCCCAGCAGUAAUCAAUAGAGAGGAUAACUACAGGGUUUACGGGUGGGGGUAUGUUGUACGCAGUUUUGACCACUGUGUUGUGACGGUCAGAGAAAGUGAAAAAGAAAUGAUGAUGAGAGUGAGAAGAACGUAAACAAAUAAUGAAAUUGAAUUAUGCGCGGGAAUGAUAAAUAAAUACAUUGGUGAGAAAAAUAUGUUAGCAGCUUUCCAGCAAGUAUUGGCACCAUUUUGAUAAUAUUGUGAAGACGAACGGUAGUGGCUGUAAGGUAGAAAGUUUAAUCGAAAAUCUAAAGUGAUAACGGGCAUUGCAACUAUUCAAAUAAUUUGACUGAUAGUCUGAAAUUGAUCUGUGAGCGCUGUAAGUAGAAGAUAGAGAAUAACAAGAAUGCGAUAGUUAAUGGAUGUUUUGAUAUUUAGAUUGCGAGUUGAAUGCCGUUGGAUCACUAGAAAGAAAUAGUUGAUUGCCACCGAGACUACCGUAAGUUACAAAAAGCAUUUUACAAACCAAAAACUAAGUGUUUCAUGUUUAGAUUUAGUGACCCAAGUGCCGACUGUUGACAGAAGUCAUUCAUCUCAGAGCUACCGACCGUAAGUGUUUAUCUGAAUGUUAAGUUUGUACUUUGUAUGUAAUUAGAUUUGAUGACUUUAUUAGGGCCUAAAAGAGAGGAAGAAAACCAUCAGGAAAUUCAUCUAGAGUGAAGGAGAAACUUUUAA